GCGCGUGCGCACGGGAAUCCUCUCCUGGGUACUGCGCGCCCGUCUGCACGAGGUGAGAGCGAAAUGGAGGGCUCGGCUUCCAGCCCUCCCUCCUCGUCAACCGCAGCCCCGGCCUCCGCUCCAGAGGCCCCGGCCUCCCUGGAUCAGCUGGACCAAGGGCAGGUUAGAAAGGCAGUGGAGGCUCUGUUGGCACAUUCCAAGACCAGGAAAAACGCGAAUGGAUUGCUCCUGAACGAGAAUGAGAAUUUCUUUUUAAUGGUGGUAUUAUGGAAAAUCCCAAGUAAAGAACUGAGAGUCAGAUUGUCCUUGCCUCAUGGCAUUCGAUCGGAUUUAACAGAUAUUUGUUUACUUACCAAGGAUGAACCCGAUUUAACUCCUGAAAAGACAGAGCUGUUUUACAAGAAGCUUCUGAACAAACAUGGAAUUAAAACCAUUUCUCAGAUCAUCCCUCUCCGAACCUUAAAGAAGGAAUACAAGGCCUAUGAAGCCAAGCUUCGCCUCCUGGGCAGCUUUGACUUCUUCCUCACCGAUGCGAGAAUCCGGCGGCUCCUGCCGUCACACCUGGGGAGACACUUCUACCACAGAAAGAAAGUCCCGGUGCCCGUGAACCUUCUGGCCAAGAAUUUAUCCAGGGAGAUCAAUACCUGUAUCGGCGGAACUGUCUUGAACAUCUCGAAAAGUGGUUCUUGCAGCACCAUCCGCGUCGGCCACACGGGGAUGGAGGUCCCGCACAUCACCGAGAACAUCCUCGCCGUCGCAAAGGGGCUUUCGCAGAAGCUGCCAGAGGUGCGUGCGCGCAGCUGCGGCGGCCGGUGGGAAUUAAGGAAAAGGGAAAAACAAAAAGAGUACCAUGAAAAACAAAAGGAGAAGCAAAGAAACGGAAAGCCCACGAAGCCAGCCGGGAAGGCUGCAUCGGCCCUGAAGGAGGAGGAAGGGGUCCCUGGAGCUGGUGGUCCCGAAAAGGACCCUGCGCCCCAGAGGGAGGUGACCCGCGUGAGCAGCAAGAAAGAGAGGAGGCGAGCAAAAGCCCAGAGGAAAGUGCCAGAAGCCCAGAGGAAAGUGCCAGAUGAAUCCGAAGAGGAGAUCCCUGUGCUGGUGCCAAUAGAGAAGGUUCCGGCGAAGGAAAAGGGACAGGUGCAGAAACACGCCGCAGGAAAGAAGUCUCCAAAAAAGAGCCCCGAUCCUAGCACGCCUCGUGGGAAGAAGAGAAAGGCCUUGCCCACCUCGGAGGCCCCGGAGGCCCCGGAGGCCGCCCAGCCCAAGACCCCGGGCCGGAGCCCCGGCAAGAAGCCCAGAGUCAAAGAGGAGGCGGGGAAAGAGCGAAGCUCUUCACUGGGGAAAAAAGACCCGAGACAGGUGACCAAGAAGCCAGGGGCCAAGGUCUUCGCUGCUCCUAGUAAGUCCGCGAAGAAGGCCCCCCACACCCCCAGACAGUGGCCCAAAAAACGCCGAGUGCCCCAGUCGACCUAACAAGUCAGAGACUCGAGCAGAAGGCGUCGUCCAGACUCCCUGAAGAGCUUUCCUGAGAGGUGCCCGGGUCCCGCCCCUGCCCAGCGCAGUCCCUCCGGGCGUGAGGCCCGGCUUCAGCGCUUCAUUAAACCUCCGCGAGCGACUCUGCCGUGUGCUGUGGGCGUGAGACGCAGCCGUUGUGAAGUAAAGCCGUUUUUUAAGUUGCUUUUUCAUGUAUUUGCUGACACAACACGGAAACACAGUGCUUCUCUGUGGUUGUUAUUAAAGCAUAACGUUGGCUCCCGAGUA